CAUAGUUCACAAAUGCAUCUUCAGCUAGUAUUGCCAAACACAAUCUUUUCCUCUCCUCAGUAGCUCAGUAGCUAGUGUCUAAUCCCCAAGCUAAAACACUUCCAACAAUGGCAUAAACCCUAAACCAUCCAUGGCAAUUCAUCUCCUUUCACCAAUUCCUUCUUCUUUCUCUCUCUCCUAUAAACCCUCCUCACUUUUCCCUCCCAUUUCCUCAAAACUUUCAACCUCUUCCAAAAUCAAAGCAACAACUCUCAACAACCCACAAAACGACAUCCAAGAACCUUCAAAACGACGUGGUAGACCAAAGGGAAGCAAAAAAUCUACCACUCUCUCUCCUCAAAAAACAGCUAAAAUUUCAGAUGGGUCAUCCCAAAAUACCCAAUCUACAAAUGGGUCGACCUUAAAUUUAGAUGAACUUAACAAUUUCGAUGAUGGGAUGGAUUUUCCUUACUUAGAACCGCCGCUAAUAUGCUGUUUUGGUGCAGUUCAAAAGGAAUUUUUGCCAACAGUGAGAGUUUCAGAACAGCAAAUGCACCCUGAUAUUUACUCCGGGUGGAAAAUGAUGCAGUGGAAUCCACCUGAAUUUGGGCGGGCACCCGGUGGCCCGGCAUCAAAUGUGGCGAUUGCGCACGUUCGAUUGGGCGGGAGAGCAGCAUUUAUGGGAAAAGUUGGAGAUGAUGAUUUUGGGGAGGAUUUGGUUUAUAUGAUGAAUAAAGAGAAAGUGCAAACAAGGAGUGUGAAGUUUGAUUCUAAUGUGAAAACUGGUUGUACUUUUAUGAAGAUUAAGUUUAGUGAUAAUGGUAAGAUUAAAAUGGAGUUAGUUAAAGAAGCUGCUGAAGAUUCUUUGGUUUCAACUGAAUUGGAUUUAGCUGUGCUUAAAGAGGCUAGGAUCUUCCACUUCAAUUCAGAAGUCUUGACAUCGCCUUGUAUGCACUUAUCCCUAUUCAAAGCUAUUAAAAUAUCCAAAUUUUUUGGAGGUCUUGUGUUUUUUGAUCCGAAUCUUCCAUUACCCUUGUGGAAAUCACGUGACGAGACAAGAGAAGUUAUCAAGGAAGCUUGGGAGGAAGCCAAUAUCAUUGAGGUAAGCAGGCAAGAGCUGGAGUUUCUUUUAGACGAAGACCAUUACGAGAAGAGGAGAAAUUACCGGCCUCAAUACUAUGCUGAAGAUUAUGAACAGAGUAAAAAUAGGAGGGAUUACUACCACUACACACGUGAAGAGAUAACUCCAUUGUGGCAUGAUGGGCUGAAGUUUCUUUUUGUCACAGAUGGAACCUUUAGGAUUCAUUACUAUACCCCUUCUUUUGACGGUGUUGUGGUUGGGACUGAAGAUGUGUUAAUAACCCCGUUCACAUGCGAUAGAACUGGAUCCGGUGAUGCAAUUGUGGCUGGUAUUAUGAGAAAACUGACUAGCCACCCUGAGAUGUAUGAAGAUCAGGAUGUUUUGGAGAGGCAGCUUCGGUUUGCUAUUGCUGCGGGAAUUAUAUCACAGUGGACAAUUGGCGCAGUAAGGGGCUUUCCAACUGAAAGCGCCACUCAAAAUCUUAAAGAGCAAGUUUAUGUUCCAUCAAUGUGGUAGAGAUGAAUAUGCUUCACAACCAAUACAUGGUUGUAGGAAAACUGGUAUCUUGAAGUUGGUUGCUAAUCUGCUACCUUCACCGGAUCAUUCGAAUGACAGUGUUGCAAACAAUUUCAAGUAAUCGUGAGAAGAAAAACAGAACAAAGGGUCCUUGUUCAUACACGAGUGACGAGACCCUAAUCUGAAUCAGUGAAUUAGGAGAACUGGCUUUAGCUUUCUUCUGUAUCCACUCUCUUGUCAGCCUGAUAUUAAAAACUGUGUUCAGUCACAUGGAGAUUUAGAUAUGAAUUAGAGCUAGAAUGAAUUCGUGCGAAAGAGAAAUAUAUGAUUGAGACUUGAGAGCUCAUCCCAAAUAUUAUUUUUCUUCUGUUUGAUAAUCAAAUUAAUUUUUCUUCUUGUUUAGAUACUGAUGAACAUUGAUAAUUCAUAAUCUAACAUAUCACUUGUUUGUA